CUUUUCCGGUCUCUCUUCUUGCCGCUUACCGUGAGUGUCCCUUGGGUGGCUGUCGGGGCUCCGGCGGGCAAUCCGGGGUCAUCCACGACUGGGUGCCGGCCGCGCGCUCGCUUGCGUCCCCUCGUAACCAUGCCUCGCAAAAUUGAGGAAAUCAAGGACUUUCUGCUCACGGCCCGGCGAAAGGAUGCCAAGUCCGUGAAGAUCAAGAAAAAUAAGGACAACGUGAAGUUCAAAGUCCGAUGUAGCAGAUACCUUUACACUUUGGUCAUCACAGACAAGGAGAAGGCAGAGAAGCUGAAGCAGUCGCUGCCCCCAGGUUUGGCAGUAAAGGAGCUGAAAUGAACUCGGCACACUGAUUUGAACUCUAUUAAAAUUUUAAAAAUUCGUAAAA